UCACUACAUGAUUGUUGGUUACGUAAAUUUGGAAAAUUACUAUUUUGAAAUCAUGGAAUUAUUUAUUAUUUUUCUGAUGGUAACACUAAUUGUGUUUAUUGCCAUACGUGUUCGUUCAAUACGUCAAACUGGAUAUGAAAUUAAAGAAAAGAAUUCACUCGUCCAAAAUCUAACGAAGAAAUGCACUGUUUGUAAGAAACACGAAAGAAGUCGAGUUAAUGAUCAAAAUUAUGGAGUCAAAAACAGAAAAGAGGAGCAGAACCUGGAAGUAAAGUUUAUAGGAAGCCUAAAUGAGACUGAUUCAGAGACGAUGGAAGAGGAAGAGAAUAGUAUCGGAACUGAAUACGAAGAGGAAGAGAGAGAAAGUGAGGAGGAAGUUCAAGAUGAUUGUGGAGAAGACGCUGAGGAGGUGUUUGUGGAACACGAGCGACAAGAGAGAGAACUGGAGGAGCUGGAAGUGUUGAGGGUCCGCCACAAGAACGCUGGGAGGAGAUCGGUGGAGCGAAAGCGUGGAGGGUUGGAGGGGUUGGAGGAGGAGUGGUGUGACAUUGAAGUGACCUCAAGUACUCCCCACUAUCACACAGCCUACGGGGUCGGUGUCAAACCCUUCCGACCAGGGUAUUAG